CGCCGGGCGUCCCAAGCGCGCACUUGCUGGGAGCCGUUCUCGUAUCGCGCCCCAAGUCGAAACACCGGGUACCUCACGUAACUGACGAGGGACGUUAACUCGCCGCUACGAUAUCGCGCGUACACUCGCGAGGAUCUCGCGAGUUGCCGAUUGCCGCGAGAGAAGAGAUAAGAAAUAUCGGUGCAUUCAUAUUUUUCUCGAAAUAAGACACGCUUGUUGACAUUACGAAGAAGUGACAUCGCGCCUCUCUUCACUUGGGACACGUCUAGGAUGCAUCGCGAGGACAUAAUCUUUUACAAAAUUCUGACAUAGCUCUAGUACCAGGUCCUCUUGAUGAAAGAUCGCACCGGGGCUCCCUCGAAUCAACGCGAGAAGUGCUUUAACGGUUGUCCUUGCUGGACUCCCGAGGAACGGAGCGAGUGUCGUCUUGGGGUAAUUGGCAGUGACUGGAGGGACUCGACUGGUGAACCGAUAGAAUGCGAAUGCGAAUCUUAUAUUCGUGACAUCGAAUUUGUUAAUCGGAUAUCGGUGAUGCAGCUACAUGCUGGAAGGAGGAAGGGGAUGACUUUUAAUUUCCUACCGAGGAUGGUGGCGGUCUUUGUUUUCGCUUGCCUUCUACUGCAGAAUGGUCGGUCGACAUUCGCAGCGUUUACUACUGUUACCACCAUCCCUGAUCCCGAAUUUGUCGACGAAAUCGGAAAUAUUACAGUACCAGCGGGACGAAAUGUCAAACUGGCAUGCAGUGUAAAAGAUCUUGGAUCAUUUAAGGUGGCCUGGAUGCUUUUCGACAAGAGCGCUAUCCUGACGGUACAGAAUCACGUUAUUACCAGGAACCCCAGAAUAUCCGUGUCGCACGAUAAGCACAGGACCUGGUUCCUACAUAUCAACGACGUGCACGAGGAGGACAAGGGAAAGUACAUGUGCCAGAUUAACACUGCCGCCGCCAAAACGCAAUAUGGCUAUCUACACGUCGUAGUGCCGCCGAAUAUUGACGAUUCGCAGAGUUCAUCGGAUGCGAUCGUUCGCGAGGGCGCCAAUGUAAGUCUUACCUGCAAAGCGACCGGAAGUCCAACACCUAACAUUCGUUGGAAGCGAGACGACGGUUCCAAGAUCUCGAUCAACAAAACUUUAUCUGUGGCAGAAUGGGAGGGCGAAACGCUGGAAAUGGCGCGGAUUUCGAGAUUGGACAUGGGCGCGUAUUUAUGCAUCGCUAGCAACGGUAUACCACCAUCGGUUAGCAAGCAGAUCAAAGUGUCGGUCGAUUUCCCCCCUAUGCUCUGGAUACCGCACCAAUUGGUCGGCGCGCCCCUGGGUUACUCCGUUACGCUGGAAUGUUAUACCGAGGCUCAUCCGACUUCUUUGAAUUACUGGGCGAGGGAGGACGGCCUAAUGAUUCACGAGAGCGGUAAAUACAAGACUGUGUCGUUGCCGGACAGGCCAUCCUACAAGACGCACAUGACGCUUACGAUAUACGAUAUACAGAAAGAAGACUACGGUAGCUACAAGUGCAUCGCCAAGAAUCCACGUGGAGAAACCGACGGGACGAUUCGUCUGUACAUGUCCGCACCGCCAAGCACCAGUCCUAGCCCGUCUACCACAGAGGUCCCCAAAAAAGAUUGGGAAUUCAUGGCGGAGAUGAAUAACUCUGUUUACGGAAAUCCAAGUUCGCUGACAAUUCAAAAUGAGAAGAACAUCAAGACAGGUACCAAGUUCCAGUCGAAUCUAAACGAAAUUGGAAAAUCGGAGCAGAAGUCGUCUGAACUGGACAGAAAAAGAAAUUACAACUGGCCCCCUGAUAAAGAUUCAGCAACGGGCGUGAUGACGACCGUGACGCUAUUACUAAUUGCUCUGGCGGUAACGAUAAUUCGAUAAGCAAGACCCGAAAAGAAAAGAGAAAGCGAACGACGACCUCGUCAUUGACACGCCGCGCCGUCGGUGUUGGCUUCCCUAAUUAACGGACUCAAUUAAAAGGAGAAUAAAAGGAAGAAAAAAUUAGAACUCACGACAUGAAAGACAGACCACACUCACACACAAUACACGUGCGCACGUGCACGCAUAUACACACACACACACACACAAUUACACCGCGGUGACACAAAGACUGACUGGAGUAGUUAGCGUCCGUAUUAAAUGACGGAGAGUAAUUUACGCGUGCCAAGUUUAGUGUAGCGACGACAGUCCACGAGUGGCCAAGAAUUACAGGAGCACGAAUCCUCGCCGAUCUCCCCUUCACCGAUCGUGCGUUGUGUGACCCGAAGGGAUGAGGGACGAGACACACGCCUGGAGGUGGAACAACGAGAACGAGAGGAAAGGGUAUUAAACAAAGUGCAACGACUAUCGCUUUCAGUGUAAUAUAUUGUAUAACGCCGUAACAUAAUGACGCUAAUAACAAAUACCAGUGGUCUCGUCUCCGCGAGAGAGAGAGAAAGAGAGAGAGUCCGGAACGUGUGUGAGAGUGAGUCGUUAUGUUUUUUAACUAUAUUAUACGGGAGUAUUUUAAUCGCGCAACUGACAUUUCCGGAAUAUCAAAACGAAAUCGUUCGAGUUUAAUACUGAAUUAAAGUUUCACCGAGCCAACUAGUUCUCCAACAUUUUUUAAACUCACAUGCCCCUCUUGAAAUAGUUUUCUUCCCUCGUUCGUACGAUCGAUGCAUGAGGGUUCUCAAUUUCGUCAACAACGUAAAAACUCUUGAGUUCGAAGAUUCGUCAUGACGAUACGUAUAUCUCGAGGAGAAUCGUGAGUGUUUGUCACCAUUCGAGCAAAGUUAACUCUCCAUCGACAUCUGAAUGAGAGUCCACCGUAGUCACGCGUCUCAGUUUCGACUGCAUGCAUCCCUUAAACAUCAGCCAUUUCUUUCUUCUUUAAUUUGAAAUGCAUAAAAGUGCGAAAAAAGUGCGUGUAUUAUCUCGAGCAUCGAUUCCACUUCUUUAUUCCGUGGCAAACUUCCGCCAAGUACAUUUUAAAUUUCUCGCUUCUUUCCAUCCCGUUCCUACCCUUACCUCCUUAUGUACGAAAUCAUGGAUCCCAUCUGGAUACUUGAGAUUAAAACGUCAGAUUCGGUACGGAGAAAUUGCUCUCAUCUGGAGAGGCAGUCGAAGGAGGUACGGACAGCGAAGGGGGGAAAGAAGAAAAUGGAAAAUUUGCGGCGGAGAAAGAAACGCGGAUAUAUCGUAACAAGAAAUCGAAUACUACUUAGUUGCAAACGUUUUCGAAUCAAUCCGGCAUUACUCCGGUUUUCUGAGAAUAACGCAAUUCUUUCUUCACAUUAUAUGCAGGCACGUUGUCCUCAUUUUAUUUAAUUAUAAUUCCAACCACUCGCUUUGCGCGCAAUCAUAUAGGACCAGAAAAUGUCGAGGUUCGUCUUGAAUAGAAAAUAUUUAUUGAAUGUAUCGAAAGCACAGUUUUCGGCCUGUGAAUUAAUAAAUAGUCCUAAAUCUCGUUCAAUCGUUGUAAAAUCCAUUUUUGCUCGAAAUAUUACAUAUAUUUAUUUAUGGCCAAUUAUGGCAUUUUAUGCAAUAUUGCAAAAGGAAGUUUUCAUAUUUUACUAUCAACGUUAUCUAGCGGUGCUGUGGCAAUUUGUGAGUAGUGUAUGAAGAAAAUUUAUUUAUAUGCAAGCGCGAUCUACGUUUCUCGCCUUUGACGUGAUAAUUCUGGAUGACCGGAUGGCAGCGGCGAUCAGAAGCAUAUCAUUAAAGCAUUUUUUUUUAUUAUCGGUUAUCUUUUAUUCUUACGCGUGUUAACGAUAAGCGAUUUAUAUAAGCAGAAAGAAAUAUGCGCUUUAAGAAGUAACUUUUUACGUGCGAUACUAUACGCAGUAUAGUAAAACGUCGCAUAUAGCAAAACGUCAACGUGUGUUCAUUUCGUAAUCAGAUUCAUGAAUCGAUAUCAAAAAUUGUCCGGCUGACUGUCCAGACUCGACAGAAUCAACAGGAAAUAAUUGCAAUGUAAAUUACAUAUUUGCUUGAAAUAUCGGUUCCGUUUCACGCCGUUGCGUCGCGCGAUCGAUUUGUUUACGUGUUAAUUGAUCAAAUCGGGAUUUAUUCGUAGGCGGUCGCGGAGAGGCCGGCCCCGGCUGUGCCGGGUUUUAAGCGGACUUCUAACUACUUAGGAAUAUCCAUUAUUCAGCGUACAUCUUGUUUAAAGCAACAGGUUCGAGAGAGAGUCCCUGCACUCGGCGCGCAAAGGAGUUAAUGCCCGCCAUGGAUUAAAGAAGGGAACGGGUCGACUUAGGGAUUACGCAGACUUACUCUGAUGAGGUCUGUAAUCGUAUCAUUCGCGAGACUAGCGAUCUUAAAAGUCAUAAGCAUUUAACAUGAGGGGAUCACGCGUCUUUGCAGCAUCGCAGCGUUCGCAAUCUGUGGAGAUUACUCUGCAACGAAUUCAAAUCCCGAUCUGGUCAACGCUACGAACGAUUGUUUCUCCACUUGUCGGUUGAAGCGUAUUGAUCGCCGGGCAUUUUGAUUGAACGCACGAACGAUUGACCAAUAUUUCUCAUUAAAAAGCAUUUCCAUAGGCACAUUAUAAACAGUUUCUGUUUGGUGAAAAUAAAAUUGUGAAAAAAUUUAUUUAAAAAAGCAAUUAAACGCGAUAUAUUGCGUAGCAAUAUAUCGAUUGCAUUCGACGAUACGUCGAUGGUGCUUAAAUGAAUUUUUAGACCAAUACUGAUACUCGCCAUCAGAAUGAUGCAUAUAUAUCCUGAGUUUUUUUUAAUUAAUAUUAUUAAUUAUUACUCAUUUUGGUAAUUAUUCAGUUAUAUAUGUCAAGGUCAAGAUCAUUGGCGUUGAAUAAUUACUCUGACGUUCUUUAUCUUAGAAUGGUUUAAUCUAAUCAUACAAAGUUCUGUUUAUUAAUUUUAUAUAAUUUUGCAGAGAGAUAAAUACCAACGCUUUCCUUUCGCGAACACAAAGAUGAUUGAAUUCAUCUAUUAUCUUGAUGCAGGGAAUCUUUAUUACAACACUAAUAAGCACAGUCUGAUUAAAUAACGCUUAAAAGUUUUAUUACGCAAUAGCUUUAAUUGCUUAACACAAGCACACUCUGUAUUUUAUAUGAAAUUUAAUUUUAUGUGUGAAAUUCAAAAAUCCAGAAGAAUUAUUUUAAUAUCUCGAAUAGUUUCGUCUACUAAAAAUUCAGAAUUAAGCAACAAAGUAAAGAUCGUUCUUUCCGGGCACGCUUAAGAACUCCGAAGCUAUCCGCCUAUUGAGAAGCGAUCACUACCCAUAAUGCAAGUAGAAUCUAUAUUGCACAUGUGUAUGUACGCGUGUAUGUGAUUGUAUGUGAAACAACUGCAUGUGACUUCUUGUCUGUAAUAUCGGUGCGUAAUGCCAUUUUCCGUUAGCAUCGUAGUCGCGAUAGAGUUGAUUUUCAAUUCUUUUAAAUCUCAAUUUAGAUCCCAUGAAUUUAAUAAGAAUAAAAAAAAAUAUGCUGUCAGGCUCACGAAUCACAUGCGGAAUCAAUGAAAUUGAGAGACAGUAGAUUAGUCAAAGGUUAAAAAAAAAAAGAAAGAAAUAGUAUUCGAGAGUUACCUCUAAGCUCUUGCUAUAAUCAAACGAUUUUAAUGAAAUUUGUGAACGGCUAAGGGAAAAUGGUGACGCGGAUUAUUCGAAUUAUCGGUCUAAGGAUGCUCGAACGUUGACUCGUCAUUGGCGAAACCCUUGUAAAUAGAAGUACACCAGUGAUAAGAAUUGCACGUAGAGUAAGCUUUGCAGCCAGCGAUGAUAGUGUACGACGUGUCACGUACGCUACCGGCAUCAUUAAUCCGUUUUUCCGUUUCGCGAUUUUCCGCCUUUAAGUUCUUUCGCACUUUCGCCGUCGUCGUUUCUCACGCGCGGAGAAACGCGCAAGAAGGGUAAAUCUUAGCGAGAGAUAUUUUGACCGUAGCCUCUAAAGUAAAAAAAAAAAAAAGAAUGCGGAUCGACGUGUGUGAAGAAAAAGAAGAGAAGAAAAUUCGCCGUCUUAACGUUGUAAGUGCGUGAUGAGACGUAUUAAACGCGAAGAUAUAUAUGUAUACAUAACGCAAAUUAUAAAUAUGAAAAUACAAAUAUAUAAAUACAAAUAUACGAAUUACGGGGGACUAUAUUGGGUAUACAUAUAUAAAUAUAUAUAUGUUAUAUAAUAUAUAUAUUAUUAUAACAUUUAUGCUUUGCGACGUUGAUUUGAAUGUUGUUAUUUACAAGAAAACCAAAAGAAACGAGACAUUCUUAUGAAUAUGCUCGACAUAUGUAAUAAAAGAAGGGUUACGUAAGAACUCUA